AAAGUCUGGGUCCCCAUGAAACCCUACUAUACCCAGGUUUACCAGGAAAUCUGGGUAGGAGUCGGGUUAAUGAGCCUCAUCGUUUAUAAAAUCAGGAGUGCUGAUAAAAGAAGUAAAGCUUUGAAAGGCUCCAGUCCUGCACCUGCCCAUGGCCAUCACUAGCUGCUCCGAGUCCAUUCAAGAUGAACACGUCAGCUAAACUGAAGCCAACUGUAUUAGAUGGGAACACGGAACAUCACUGUACACUCACCUAGUACCAUUUAUAAUGUGGCAUUAAUAAAUGUGUCUGAGAAGCCCCACUCCCUGUGGCUACCACUCUCUGCUUCCCCUGAGUAAGUCCUUGGUAAUGCAGCAGGCAGUAUUACCAGCAUCAGAACCUCUAAGCCACCUUCAUUUGGAAGCCUGAAGAAUGAGAAGCAGUGUUUGCUA